AUGGAGACUUCGAGCCCUCUGGACCGUAUCUUGCGCAACACCACUAUCAUCACCUUCUUGCUUGCUCUAGCUCUUCUCAUCCCUUAUAGCAUUGUUUCAUACUCUUGCGUUCUUGCAGUCGGGUUGGUCCCUGCGUUUUUCUCUGCUGUGCUCGGCCUGGCCUCCUUGAACGCAAGCAUCCGUCAGAGUUGGAUGUUUCUGUACAUGGAUCUAUUCCUCGCUGUCUUCCUCUUUAGCAUCUUGGUGCCAUUCUGGGUUCUCACAGCCCGCCAAGGGUGGUUGUCUUCCAGCGGCGUCGCAAUGUUGGGGACUUAUGGAAGUGUGCCGUUGAUGAUGGACUUGUAA